AUGGUCAUUGCAACACCUUCCCAGCUAUUUAACACUUCAUGGACGGCCCAUCGCCUCUCGCCGCUCCAUCACAGCAAGGACCAUCGAGUCUUAAUCGGCAAUCAAGAUGCACUAAAGACAUACUCCAAACGUCUACGCGAUCUGCUUACAGGCGACUUUUUACGUAGUAUGCAAGUAACUCUGACAAAGACUGUCGCUGAUGACGCGCUUAGUAAAGCAGGCGCAUUGGUUGAUUGUCGCUGGGAGUUCAUCUCGACGAAUGAUUAUCUUGAUCACAACGAAGAGGAUGAUGAAGAUGGGAAUGAGUCGCAGAUCGAGAUGGGGAGUUGUAUGGGGAUAUUCGUCACGCUUGAGUACGAGCAUAUUGCGUACAGAGCGGCGCUUCUCACAACUCCGGAUGGAUAUGCGCCAGAAUCAAAGGACAAAAGACGCAAACAGUCCACUCAUUUACCACUACUAUUAACGCGAAUGCCGACUGCGUUGCGAAAUACGUUUACUGAGUUCCUGACCUCGAGCUUUGAUGCGUAUUGCUCGACGUUGCAAUUAACGCCGAAAUUUCUGUCUAUGAUUCUAGAGGCGACGAUUACGUAUUUGGCAAGGAGUGGGAGUUCACGACAGGCGUCGAGUGUGAUUCUAGAACAGGUGCUGAAAGAGACGCAGUUGACUCUUUCUUUUGGGAGGGAAAUUGCGCCGGGGUUGAAAACGCUGGAUGUUAAUUUACCGCGUGAAACCUUGUCGACGUUUGCGCGUGGCGCACGCGACAAAACCACAUCGCAUUUCUCUACAUCUCUGGCGCAAUAUAUGGAUCAACAUCUUGCCAUGAAAGUCGACCUUGGAAACACCAAAAACGAUGCAGACGAUGUACAGCACGUCUGGCUUAGCAAGGUUGCUACAGGGACAUUUGUGUUGAACACAGAGGGCAGAUUCAAGCUUAUUGAUACAUCGACUCCCCAGAAUCAGGAGGAGGGGCAGACGAAUGUGCAGAGGUUGACUCGAUCGGCGAAUGAGCAGAUUUUGACUUCAUUGGUGCGGCGGGCUGUUGGUGAGGAUAUGAUAACGUGA